AUGGAGUGUGAUCAAGUUCAAGACGCAGAAGGGGCUUCCAUGGUACCUGAGAAAUUUCCCCUUCAAAAGGCAAUGCCAGCGCCGAAGUGUAUGCAGGAUGGAAGUGCUGCUGUGGCAGAAGAAAUGGAAGAAGUCAACCUGAGUGAUGAUCCCAUUAUUCAGAAAAAUAUUUCCAUCUCCACCUAUUUGUCACCUGAAGAAAAAGGCUGCCUCAUCUCUUUAUUAAGAGAAUAUAAGGAUGUAUUUGCCUGGAGCUACGAGGAGAUGCCGGGAUUAGACCCGAAUCUGGUGUGUCACACGCUGAAUGUACAGUUAGGAGCGAAACCAGUGGUACAGUCAAGAAGGAAUUACCAUCCCAAUGAUGAGCAGCAGAUCAAGCAAGAAGUUGAAAAACUCUUAGCCUCUGGUUUCAUCAAGCCGAUCAAGCACCCUACUUGGCUUGCAAAUAUUGUUUCUGUAAAGAAAAAGAAUGGUCAGAUACGAGUUUGUGUUGACUUCAGGGAUUUAAAUAAAGCAUGUCCAAAAGACGAGUUCCCAUUGCCAAACAUGGAUGUUCUCAUAGAUUCAACCUCAGGCCACGAGAUGCUAUCAUUCAUGGAUGGUUUCAGCGGCUAUAACCAAAUUAAAAUGGCCGCCAGAGAUGCUGAAAAGACGGCUUUUCGUACACCAUAUGGAAAUUUUUACUAUAUAGUCAUGCCAUUUGGCUUGAAGAACGCUGGCGCUACCUAUCAAAGGGCAAUGACGGCAGUGUUCCAUGACAUGAUGGGAAAAGAAGUAGAGGAUUACGUCGACGAUCUGGUGGUGAAAUCUAAGACUAGAAGUGAGCAUUGGGGUACCUUGAGGAAAGUACUACAAAGAUGCAGAGAAUAUAAGCUGAAGAUGAAUCCAAAAAAAUGUGGAUUUGGGGUGUCUUCGGCGAGGUUUCUUGGUUUCGUGGUACAUAGUAGAGGCAUUGAUGUUGAUCCCAGCAAGGUCCGGGCCAUUGCAUCUCAUCCACCACCCUCGAAUCAGAAAGAAUUGAAGAGUUUCCUAGGAAGAUUGUCUUACAUAAGACGCUUCAUACCUGGUUUGGCUGCUGUAAUCCAAGCAUUCACACCCCUGUUGAAAAAGGGGAACAAAUUUACGUGGGACGCUGAAUGCCAGGAGGCUUACUUAAAGGUUCAGCAGCUUAUCACCAAGCUCCCAACCAUGAAAGCACCAAUUUCAGGCGUCCCCUUAAAACUGUAUUUGGCCUCCACCAAUGCAGCAGUGGGAGCAUUAUUAGCACAGGACAGUGAGGCUGGAGAAGAAUUUCCUAUUUACAAUGUGAGCAAGCUUUUGAGAGGGGCUGAAACACGCUACCCUAAGGCAGAAAGGCUUUGUUUAGCACUUGUCUAUGCAGCACAAAGAUUACGUCACUAUUUUUUGGCCCACAAGCUUCAACUUAUGGUGAAGACUGAUUUGGUCAGAUAUUUGCUGACGAAACCAGUGCUAUCAGGGCGGUUAGCAAGAUGGCUGCUCCAGUUGUCUGAGUUCGACAUUGUAUGUACGACACCGAGGGCUAUCAAGGGACAGGCCGUCAUCGACAUGAUCACCCUCUUCCCAGAAGAAGGAGGAUUCGAUGUUUCUCAUGACAUACUUGGAGAGUUACCUGGAAUGACAGCAGUGGUUGAAGAAGAGGAGCCUUGGACCCUUCACUUCGACGGGUCAGCCACGGCUAACGGAGGAGGAGCUGGAAUUGUACUCGUGGACCCUAAGGGGCAUGCCAAGCCCCUUUCAUUCAAGCUAAACUUCUCAUGCACUAAUAAUGUGGCAGAGUAUGAAGCUUUUAUCGCUGGGCUUGCAACUGCACAUGAAUUGAGAGUCAAGAAAAUUAGAGUCAUCGGGGAUUCAAACUUAGUCAUCAGCCAAUUGAAGGGAGAUUUUGCGGUGAAAGAAGUGACCUUGGCACCCUAUAGAACUUUGGCAGAAAGGUUAAUCAAGAAGUUUGAGCAGAUAACUCUUGAGCACAUUCCCGGCAGCACUAACAGAUAUGCGGACGCUUUGGCUACCCUUGGUUCCAAGCUUUCAUUCACAAGGGAGCAACCCAACAUCACGGUAAUUCAAAAUAACAAGCCAUGUGUAGAAGCUAUGAUUUUCUCAAGCCCAUCAAGUGAGAAAGAUUGGCGAGAAGGUGUCAAGGGCGAGAUGGCUCAGUUGGACAAGGAAGAUAGACUCAGAACACUAGGAGACUAUAGUUUGAUAUUUGGGGAAUUGUACAAGCGUCUUUCUCGAGGAGUUUUAGCCCGCUGUGUAGAUGAAGAAGAAGCUCGGAGGAGAUUGCAAGAAGUACAUGAGGCCACUUGUGGGGUUGAGCAGGUGGUCAGCUUAUACCGGAGACUGCAACGCAGGGGUUAUUAUUGGCCAAACAUGAAGAAACAAGCAGCAGAGACGCAACUCUCAUGUUCUAAGUGCUCCUCAACUUUGUCAGAGCAGGAAGGAUUCACAGCAGCGAUUACUGAAGAUUGGAGGUCACCAUACUUGGAAUACCUCAUAAGUGAAACACUGCCGGAAGACCGUAAGCACGCAUACAAGGUCAAGAAGACGGUGAAAAGGUAUUUUGUGGAUGGAAGCACGCUGUAUAGAAAGGGAUUCAAUGGUGAGCCAUUAAGAUGCCUUGGGGCUACUGAAUAUCAACAGGUUCUACAAGAAGUGCAUGCUGGGGAAUGUGGAGAGCAUCAAGGAAGAAAGAAGCUUUACCGGCAGCUAUUAGACUUGGGAUACUACUGGCCCAACAUGCGCGAAGAUGCCUAUAACACGGUCAAGAAAUGUCACACAUGCCAAGCACAUGGAAACUUGAGUCACAAGCCAUCAACAUUGUUACAAGACAUGAAAACACCUUGGCCAUUUCACACUUGGUGGUUAGACUUGGUAGGAACCAUUCACCCACCUUCUGGGGGCUUCAUAUGGAUCCUUACGGCAACUGAGUCUUUCACCAAGUGGGUAGAGGCAACCCCACUUCGUAAGGCCACGGGAGCCGCAAUUUCAAACUUCAUAAGGGAGAAUAUUGUGUGCAGAUUUGGUAUUCCUUACAAAAUUGUGUCUGACAAUGGAACACCCUUCGUCAAUCAAGAAGUAAGCAAGACGCUCAAAGGAUACGGAAUCAAGCACAGAAGGUCAACGCCUUAUUAUCCUCAAGGAAACGGCCAAGCUGAAGCUACAAACAAGACGCUAGCUCGUCAGGAUCUUAAGUAA